ACAGACACGAGCCUCACCAAAACCAAAGCAUUUUACAAAGCAACAAGAGAGUCUCUCACACACACACACACACACACACACACAUACUUAGAGAAAAAUAUAUACGUACAGGCGGUGUUAAAGCUGUUUUCCGAUCAAUUAGCGGUUUCACGGAGGCGGUUUGGAGGCGAUUGUAAGCGUUGUAAGCAUGGUGAGAAAGAGGAGAACUGAACUUCCAGGUGGAGGCGAGAGCUCGGGGCCCCAGGAUUCUAGUGCAGGACAUGGUGCACCCCAACGCCCUCCACAGCAGCAGCCACAACAGCAAGGACAGGUUUCACCUCAACGCCCUUCUCAGCAGCAGCAGCAGCCCCAACAGCAGCAAGGAAGAGGGGCACCUCAACGCCCUCCACAGCAGCUGCAGCAGCAGGGAGGAGUUAGAGGUUCGGCCCCACAGCAACCGGGAGGUGCAUACCAAGGGCGUGGUGGAUAUGAUGGUGGGCGUGGUGGCCCGCGGGGUGGAAUGGCUCCUCAGCAGUAUACUGGGGGACCUCAAGAGUUUUUUCAGCAACCUCGUGGACCCGUGCCCCAGAGCCGUGGUGGUGUGGCAAGUGGUGCCCGUGGAGGAUUUGUAUCAUCUGCUGGUGGACCUUCUAGGCCAUCAGUUCCCGAGUUGCACCAAGCUACCCAGGCUCCCCAGCAAGCAGGGGUAAUGACUCAGCCCAUGCCUCAUGUAUUACCAGCAGAAGACACUCAAUCUGUAGCCAGUCCUGUAGUCAGAGCAGCUAAUCCAUCGUCCUUGCAGUUGACACAAAAGUUUCAGCAGAUCUCUAUGACGCCAGAGUCAUCUUCGACCGAGGCUGUUCAGUCUAUUCCCAUGUCAACUAAAUCUUUGAGAUUUCCACCUCGUCCAGGAAGGGGAAGCACUGGUUCCCGAGUUAUUGUUAAGGCGAACCAUUUCUUUGCUGAACUGCCUGAUAAGGAUUUACAUCAAUAUGAUGUUUCAAUCUCUCCGGAGGUCAGUUCUCGUGGGGUGAAUCGUGCUGUGAUAAACCAGCUUGUGAAGUUGUAUAAAGAAACUCAUCUUGGGAAGCGCCUUCCUGCUUAUGAUGGCAGAAAGAGUUUAUAUACAGCUGGGCCUCUUCCUUUUAUCUCCAAAGAGUUCAAAAUUGUUCUCACUGAUGAAGAUGAUGGAUCGGGCACUGCAAGGAGGGAACGGGAAUUUAAAGUUGUUAUCAAAUUAGCUUCACGAGCUGACUUGCACCACCUGGAGAUGUUUCUAACUGGGAGGCAGGCUGAUGCACCUCAAGAAGCUCUGCAGGUUUUAGACAUUGUUCUAAGGGAACUGCCUACUGCUAGGUUUUCUCCUGUGGGACGGUCAUUCUAUUCUGCUGAUCUUGGACGAAGGCAGCCGUUGGGUGAGGGUCUAGAAAGCUGGAGAGGUUUUUACCAGAGCAUACGACCAACACAGAUGGGAUUAUCACUGAACAUUGAUAUGUCCUCCACUGCGUUUAUUGAGCCUCUUCCUGUUAUUGACUUCAUCUCGCAACUGUUGAAUAGGGAUGUUUCAUCGAGACCAUUGUCGGAUGCUGACCGUGUGAAGAUCAAAAAGGCUUUGAGGGGUGUAAAAGUUGAGGUUUUACACCGUGGAAGUAUGCGCAGAAAGUAUCGCAUUUGUGGGUUAACAUCACAGGCGACAAGAGAGCUCACUUUCCCAGUAGAUGACGGAGGUACUAUCAAAUCUGUUGUGGAGUAUUUUCAAGAGACAUACAAGUUCACGCUAAAACAGACUCAAUGGCCUUGCUUACAAGUUGGCAAUCUACAAAGACCAAAUUAUCUACCCAUGGAGGUUUGCAAGAUUGUAGAGGGACAGAGAUACUCGAAAAGGUUAAAUGAGAGGCAGAUUACAGCAUUGCUAAAAGUUACUUGUCAACGCCCUAGCGAUAGGGAGAAGGACAUCCUCCAGACUGUUGAGCAUAAUGCAUAUGCUGACGAUCCUUAUGCAAAGGAGUUUGGAAUCAAAAUUAGUGACAAGCUAGCCUCAGUAGAAGCUAGAGUUCUCUCUCCACCAUGGCUAAAAUACCACGAUACUGGACGGGAGAAGGAAUGUUUGCCUCAAGUUGGCCAGUGGAAUAUGAUGAAUAAGAAAAUGGUUAACGGGGGAAUUGUCAAUAAUUGGAUGUGCUUGAACUUUGCACGUAAUGUUCAAGAUAGUUUGGCCAGUGGUUUUUGUUCUGAACUUGCACAAAUGUGUACAAUUUCAGGAAUGAGGUUCAAUCCUGAUCCCGUUCUCCCUCCAACCAGUGCACGUCCUGAUCAGGUCGAGAGAGUAUUAAAAACAAGACAUCAGGAGGUUAUGAAACUCAAGAAGGAGCUUGACUUGUUGGUUGUGAUUCUACCAGAUAAUAAUGGCUCUCUUUAUGGUGACUUGAAAAGAAUUUGUGAGACCGAACUCGGAAUAGUGUCGCAGUGUUGCUUGACAAAACAUGUCUUUAAGAUGAGCAAGCAGUAUCUGGCAAACGUGGCCCUGAAGAUCAAUGUCAAGGUUGGAGGAAGAAAUACUGUUCUUCGUGAGGCAGUGUCUAGGCGGAUUCCACUUGUGAGCGACCGACCUACUAUAAUUUUUGGUGCUGAUGUCACACAUCCUCAUCCUGGAGAAGAUUCUAGUCCAUCAAUAGCAGCAGUGGUUGCAUCUCAAGAUUGGCCUGAGAUCACCAAGUAUGCUGGCUUGGUCUGUGCCCAAGCCCAUAGACAGGAGCUCAUCCAGGAUCUGUACAAGAGCUGGCAGGAUCCGAACAGGGGGACUAUAGUUCAUGGUGGCAUGAUUAAGGAGCUGCUGAUUUCAUUCCGCAGAGCAACUGGGAAAAAACCUGAGCGCAUUAUUUUCUACAGGGAUGGUGUUAGUGAGGGGCAAUUCUAUCAAGUUCUUCUCUAUGAGCUUGAUGCGAUUCGCAAGGCAUGCGCUUCAUUGGAGCCCAAUUAUCAGCCUCCCGUGACAUUUGUUGUGGUUCAGAAACGCCAUCACACAAGGUUGUUUGUCAACAACCAUCGUGACCGUAAUCAAGUUGAUAGGAGUGGAAAUAUUUUGCCUGGUACUGUGGUUGAUUCUAAAAUCUGUCACCCCACUGAAUUCGACUUCUAUCUGUGUAGCCAUGCGGGCAUUCAAGGAACCAGCCGGCCAGCACAUUAUCACGUUCUGUGGGAUGAGAACAAGUUUUCUGCAGAUGGAUUGCAAUCCCUUACCAACAAUCUAUGUUACACAUAUGCCAGGUGUACACGAUCAGUUUCAAUUGUGCCACCAGCAUAUUAUGCUCACUUGGCAGCCUUUCGAGCUCGCUUUUACAUGGAACCUGAGACUUCUGAUGGUGAGUCAAUGGCGAGUGCCGCUGGUCGUGGAGUUGGAAGGAACACCAGGGCAGUAAAUGCCAAUGCAGCUGUUAGGCCCUUGCCUGCUCUGAAAGAGAACGUGAAAAGAGUGAUGUUUUACUGCUAGAAGAAAUCUCAGGUGGUUGUGAAUCUAAUGGCUGCAGCUAUUGCUUGGACUAUGACAUCUGCUUUCAGCUACUUGGUUUUUAUUUCAGCUUUCAGUAUUUUGACCAUGUGAGCUUAAUUUGUUCCAGAUAUGGAUUUGAUCAGUAGAAUUGCUUAACCAUCAUUAUAUUGGUAAACUGCAUAUGUUGCCCUUUUAUUGUUAAGGUCAUGUUAUCUGUA